AUGUAUCUAUCGUUAUAUCUGACUCUCUCUCAGUCUGUCUAUCGAUCAAUCUAUUUGCGUCUUUUUCAUAUCUAUCUAUCUAUCUAUCUAUCUAUCUAUCUAUCUAUCUAUCUAUCUAUCUAUCUAUCUAUCUAUCUAUCUCCCUUUUCAUUUUCCAAUCUAGCUAGCUCAAAUCCUUUUCAUGUAUCUAUCGUUAUAUCUGAUCUCUCUCUCAGUCUUCUGUCUAUCUAUCUAUCUAUUUAUCUAUCUAUCUAUCUAUCUAUCUAUCUAUCUAUCUCCUUUUCAUUUUCCAAUCUAGCUAGCUCAAUCCUUUUUCAUGUAUCUAUCGUUAUAUCUGACUCUCUCUCACUCAAUCCUUUUCAUGUAUCUAUCGUUAUAUCUGACUCUCUCUCAGUCUGUCUAUCGAUCAAUCUAUUUGCGUCUUUUUCAUAUCUAUCUAUCUAUCUAUCUAUCUAUCUAUCUAUCUAUCUAUCUCCCUUUUCAUUUUCCAAUCUAGCUAGCUCAAUCCUUUUUCAUGUAUCUAUCGUUAUAUCUGACUCUCUCUCAGUCUGUCUAUCGAUCAAUCUAUUUGCGUCUUUUUUUCUAUCUAUCUAUCUAUCUAUCUAUCUAUCUAUCUAUCUAUCUAUCUAUCUCCCUUUUCAUUUUCCAAUCUAG